AAUAGAGGAGUCGGGGAUGGUGAGGAGCCAGAAGAAAGCGAGCUUGUGAUUGUUUAGGAGACGAACCAGCGACCUCUUGUCUUUAUUUUCUUUCUGAAAAGCAGACGCGUCGGUUCAGACUCGCGAGACGAGACUGCGCUUGAAGAAUAAAGUAAACGCACCGCGGUAGCGCGCGCGACACGAGUGACUCGCGUAUUCACUUUCGUCGUUUUGAACCACGUAACUUUUUAUAUUUUUUUGUUAAAUGCAACGCUGUCUGAUAAAUGAGAAAACCAUGGCAGCGGAGACCAGGAACGGCGGGAGUUCAGUGAACAAUAAAGACCACAGCAGGAGAAAGUUACUGAUCGGAGUGGACCUCUUCUGCUUGUUUUUAGCCGGCCUGCCUUUCUUGGUCAUUGAGACCAGCGCUGUUCAGCCUUACCGUAGAGGGUUUUACUGCGAUGAUGAGUCCAUCAUGUAUCCGGCCAAACAUGGAGACACCAUUAGCGACGGUGUGCUUAGCGCUGCUGGCAUUCUAAUCACCAUCCUCUCUAUUGUCAUCGGGGAGAGCUACAGGAUCUACUUUCUGAACGAGGGAUCCAAGUCUUUCGUAGGGAACCCCUACGUGUCCGCGCUCUACAAGCAGGUGGGCGUGUUCAUCUUCGGCUGCGCGGUCAGCCAGUCCUUCACCGACAUCGCCAAGGUGUCGGUGGGCCGCAUGCGCCCCCACUUCCUCGACGUGUGCAAGCCGGACUUCUCCACCAUCAACUGCUCCCUGGGCUACAUCACCGAGUACCAGUGUCAGGGCCCUGAGGGUAAAGUCCAGGAGGCCAGGAAGUCUUUCUUCUCCGGACAUGCGUCGUUCUCCAUGUACACCAUGCUUUACCUGGUGUUUUACCUGCAGUCUCGUUUCACGUGGCACGGAGCUCGUCUGCUGCGCCCUCUGACCCAGUUCACCCUCAUCAUGAUGUCCUUCUACACGGGCCUGUCCCGCGUCUCCGAUCACAAGCACCACCCCACGGAUGUCCUGGCGGGUUUCGUGCAGGGAGCCCUGGUGGCCUACUGCAUAGUAUUCUUCGUGUCUGAUUUGUUCAACAACAAAGGCAGACGUUCCACUCUUUUGCCGACCCCAGUGAAGAAAGAUCUUGUUCCUCCGGCAGACAUCAGAGAGCGGAGCAACCAUCUCAUCAUGGCAUAGAGAAGGCCGCAAACUGACAUAACCCUGAGCCAUUAUAAUCACUGCUACAGCCGCUGGUCAAUACGGGAUUGAAUAAACUCCCGACGAUCAGGAUCAUGCAGACAAAGUAUGGAAUCUUGAACAUCUCCGUGCAUGAGAAGAGGCCACCGAAAACCGCCAGUCAAGCCAGUUUUUCCUUCGCAAUGGAAAUUUUAGAAUAUUUUUUUCCUCAGUCAUACCAAACAUUUUAUUGUGGAAAAGGACCCAGUGUGUUUGUACCUCUUCUGUUAUGAAGCUCAUCGGAGACUCUCCUCCUUUGAGGCCCCUCCAUGGACAACAGUCUGAAAUGAGUCAAGCUGACAAAUGGCAGCUGUAUUCUGUGCCUUGUCCCAUCGGCUGCAUCCAGCAAGGGAGCUGCACUUGUAUUCCUGCCACUCACUCACUGUGUGACCCACAAAAACUCAUCAUGACAAAAUUCCUUGAUUUAAUGAAGGAUGUUGUUUUGUUUGUUCAAACAUAAGCAUUGUACGUGUGAUUUUUGGCACCAUUUUAGCUAAACCCAGUACUGUUUGUCACCACUUGAAUGACCUGAAGUGAAGCUUUUGGAAAGCUUUGUAAGAUUUUGUAAACUUUUUUUUCAUGUCUCUAAUGUAGUGUAGUUCUUUCUUUAGAAAGUGCACAUAGGUUACAGGAGGUGUGAAGUACAGUGAGAGUGUGUUGCAUGUGGGCGUCUUUCUGCUGGCUAGGACGAGCCCCCACUGAGCCAUUUAAUGAAAUGACUGUCUGUUAUAUGUUCCAGACGUGCGAGUGUGUGGGUGGGUGGGUGCUCGAGGUCCUCCUCUUGAGCCUGCCAGUGUGUCUUAAUGUCAAGUCUAUAGGAUUUAGUGUUUUUAUAGCCUACAAAUGUGCCUCUUUUGAGUCAGAAGCGGCACCUGCUCCAACAGAAACGUGUAACUCUAAGACGGAAACACUGUGGAAAAAGCGUCCCAUGCGGUGUGUGUGUGUUCUUCACUGUCACUAAUGAUGGCGACGACUCACAUCGAGGAGUCUUUGGGUAAGCUGUGUGCGACACAGGCACGUACAGACGUAUAGUGAAAACAGGACUUCCUCCAGCAGUAUGAAACCACAAUUUUAGUAAAACGAUAAUAUUAAAGUCAUUAUUUUGGGACAUUGUAACCUCUCAAUAGCUUUUCGAGACUGGCAAUGAGGAUCUGCAUUUAAAAGACGAAAAUCAUGACAUUGAUUUUUUAAAAAUUUUUUUUAGUAAUAAUGAGACUUAAAGUAUAAUGGUAUGACAUUAAUGUAAUUAACCUUUUUACAUAAAAACGUUUAAAACCACUGACUGAAAGCUUCCUCCGGACUCAGUUCGGAGUAACUGACUCAAGCUUUGAUGUGACGCCUGUAGGGAAACUAUUUUUACAGUAUCAGAAGAUUCUGUGCCUCCAUACUUUGUACAAAACUGUAUCAUGUGUAUACGUCCAAUAUAUGUUAACGCCCACUAUGACUUGUGUGUCGAGACCUGUGUAAAUGUAGAACGUGCUGCUUUAAAGAGGCAAAAGCUUGGCAGAUGUCCUCCAGUGAGGUUGGCAACUUGUGAUUAUUAAGUUUUAUGAACAACAAAGCUCUCAAGGCAGACUGCUUCAGUACAUUAUUAAAAAUGACCUUUUAAUAUUUUUGUAAUGUCAUGUGAAAUUUUGUACAACUCUGUAAGACAUAUCAAAGAUACAAUUUCUUUUAAUAAAACGUAAAAGAUAAAGAGCAA